UCAGCUACGCCGCAAAGCAUCUGACACAUACAGACAGACAGAAGUCCACAAUGAAAUCAUCAGGUGGUGAGUUUGUCAGUGUGACCUGUGAGGCGGAUGUUGAGGCGGAACUCAGUAAUGAUCGAAACGAGGAUAAUCGCGAUUGUUGUUGGGCUGAGUGGUGGGUCGGCAGCACAGCCGAGGACGGCGACGGGCAUACAAAAAGUCACGAAGAGUCUUCGGGCCUCACGCUCCUGCACCGCCUUAAGCGACUUCAACGCAGCCUCGCAGACGCGCCCAUGCUCCUCCUGCAUCAGACAUGACAGCCAUACAAGCGCAGCCACCUAGGUACAAAACUCGAAGAAGCGCACCUCUCUCUUGCCGAUAAAGGUGGUUCAUUUAGUGUCCUUGUCGUCCACUAUUGGAAAGGUCUCUUCAACCGCGUUCGGCGUGGCUGUCGCUUUUCUCCCACUUAAGCUUUCCUCGGAAGACCACAAGCAUUGGUUCGUCAAUGUCUCACACCGAGAUCCGCGAGCAUCCUUGGUUCAGGUCAUCAUUAUCGCCCUGGGUCUGUGCUGACGACACGUGCGGGGCCGUGUACCUGUUCAGAUCCACUUUUGGCCCGGCCCGAUGUUCCUGACAU